GAUGAGUUCGAUAUAUUUAGACAGUGCUUUUAACUAUGUUUAGUGCAAUGUUUUGAUAAAAGCAAACAAUUUGCAUUUGCAAAGCUAAUAAUUUCCAACUGAAAGUGGAAACAGCAAAAUGUCGCUAUCCUUUGAUCUGGAUAGCACCAAUGCCUAUCAAAGCAUAUCACAGGACUGCAGCGAUAUGGAUAAAAAUCUGUCAAAAUCCAUACCACCAGCAGCAUCAACGCAUCUAAGAUACAGCAUGAGCGCUGUCUGGAUGCGACAGUGUCGUCUUUACAAGUUUACGAUCCUAAUAUUGCUUCUAUUGGUGCUGCUGCCUUUGUUAGCGCAUCGCAAGUUGCUUAAUGCUGAGCUGGAUACACCGCCGACAGAUGUGCAUCGCACUCGACCGCUGCUGGACGCCUAUGAGGAUUUUAGUGCCAUGCGGGCGAGCGAUCUGAAGAUGCGCAUUGAAGAAAUGCUGAGAAUUAAGAGCACCGUAUCUGUGGAGCUGCGUGAACUAGAAUCUCGUCGUCAAAAACUUCAAUCGGACAUCAGCCAGUACAACCAGAAGAUCGAGGAACUGAAGCAGGAGCUGUUACGGGAACAGACUGAACUUGAGCGUCUGAAAAUCUCUGUGGAGCAGGCUCAGGUGGCGCAACAGGAAGCCGUUCAACGCAACACUCCAGAAUUAGCCUUGCCACGCACACUACUACCCAGCUCUCUUCCGCGCAAGAUGAACGCAGUCAGCAAAGGCAUUGCAGCUGUCUGUGAGAUGCACAAUUGCUUUGAUCAUUCGCGCUGCAGUCUUACCUCCGGUUUUCCAGUCUACCUUUACGAUCCAGACGUUUACAACGUGCAACGUGCGGGUUACGACAUCGAUGGCUUUUUGAAGACCACUCUAAAACAAACUUUAGGCUACAAUGCGCACAUCGUGCGAGAUCCCAAACUGGCCUGUAUUUACCUUGUACUAGUGGGUGAAGCUCUUUUAGAGCAAGAUCUUCUGCGCAACAACCGCUAUGCAGCACAAGAGGUCGCACACCAGCCGCAGCAUUCGACAGCCGCAAAUGACGCCGUAAGCUCGCCCAUCGAUAUGCAAAAGCUGUACCAGCUGCCAUAUUGGGGAGGCGAUGGACGCAAUCAUGUACUGUUGAAUCUUGCGCGCCGCGACUUAAAUUCAGCACGCACCAAUCCGCUGCUUCAGCAGAAUACCAUGCGUGCCAUCAUCGUACAGAGCUCUUUUGAACGUGAUCAGUUCCGACCCGGCUAUGAUCUGAUUGUGCCGCCCAUUCUGGGCCCUCCAGGUGGCGAUGUCUGGCAGGAAUGCGCCAGUAUGGUGCCAGCUCGACGAAAGUUUUUACUGACGUUCCAGGGGGAGCUGCGACCGACACAAUUCCCGCAAUUAGCAGUCCAGUCGCUGGAUGACUUUAUUAUCGAUCAUCUCAAUGAUAUGUCACGCACCGCCACACAGGAUCACUUUCAGCUACAAUUCCAAUGCGUGCCUGCAACAGAGCAACAGGAAGCGGAUACCUUAGGCGAUUGGACGCUUUGCGGCUCUGACUCUUCGCGCAAGCAGCUACUCAAGGACUCUACAUAUGUGCUGAUCUUGCCUCCAUUGGGCCAGCGCGUUAGUUCCACGCUGAUGUUGGCGCGUCUCUACGAAGCGCUGCGCUCGGGCGCUGUUCCUGUCAUCCUGGGCGCUGAUGAACUGCGCUUGCCAUAUGCUGAGACGAUUGACUGGCGCCGUGCUGCACUUUUACUGCCAAAGGCACGCAUAACGGAAUUGCAUUUUUUGUUGCGGGCUGUCCAGGAUGCGGAUUUACUGCAAUUACGUCGCCAGGGCCGUUUAAUUUGGGAACGCUAUCUUAGCUCGGUGCAAGCCACUGUGGACACUGUAAUAGCCAGUAUGCGCGAUCGACUGGGAAUACCGCCACGUCCGGUGCCACCAGUUGUUGCCCAGAGCGUUUUCAAUAACACUUUUAUACCUCUGAAAUCGGAGCCGCCUGUGGGAAUGGAUACGGAGCCGGAGGAGUCCCUGGGCCCAAUUGAGCCGCCGUAUCCGAGUCCAUCUUUCCGACGCAACUAUACAAUUUUUCGCAUUCAAUCAAAAGAAGCUUGGAAUGAUUGGAUGGAUCCAUUUUUCUUGUAUCCGCAACUUCCCUUUGAUCCGGCUCUACCAUCCGAGGCGAAGUUCAUGGGCUCUCACACAGGCUUCCGACCCAUUGGCAAAGGGAUUGGCGGAGCUGGAAAGGAAUUCAGUGAAGCACUGGGUGGUAAUUACCCGCGCGAACAAUUCACCAUUGUUAUCCUUACCUACGAACGUGAGCAGGUGCUAAUGGACUCGUUGGGUCGCCUCUACGGACUGCCAUAUCUGCAUAAAGUGGUCGUCGUGUGGAACUCGCCUAAGCCGCCUUUGGAUGACCUACGCUGGCCUGAUAUAGGUGUGCCUGUUGCCGUGGUGCGAGCCCCACGCAACUCUCUCAACAAUCGCUUCCUUCCGUUCGAUGUUAUUGAAACAGAAGCAGUUCUCUCAGUGGAUGACGACGCCCAUUUGCGGCAUGACGAGAUUCUAUUUGGCUUUCGCGUGUGGCGAGAGCAUCGCGAUCGGGUCGUCGGUUUCCCGGGUCGCUACCACGCCUGGGAUCUUAGCAGCAAUAACAUGUGGCACUACAACUCAAACUAUAGUUGUGAGCUGAGCAUGGUGCUCACGGGCGCCGCCUUCAUUCACAAGUACUAUAUGUUCCUGUACACCUAUCACCUGCCGCAGGCCAUACGCGACAAGGUGGAUGAGUAUAUGAAUUGCGAGGAUAUCGCCAUGAAUUUUCUCGUUUCCCAUCUGACGCGCCGUCCGCCCGUUAAGGUAACCUCGCGCUGGACCUUCCGCUGCCCCGGCUGUCCGGUGUCCCUUAGCGAGGACGACACACAUUUUCAGGAGCGUCAUAAGUGCAUAAAUUUCUUUAGCCAGGUCUUUGGCUACACACCGUUGCUUAACACGCAAUAUCGUGCCGACUCCAUACUCUUUAAGACGCGAAUUCCGCACGACAAGCAGAAAUGCUUCAAGUACAUCUAGAUUCGAGACUCCACAGCGGGCGUACUUAUGCCUAAUCCUUUUUACUAUAUUUUAGCUGGUAAGUAUCUAGUUAACAAUACAACUGAUCAAGCCAUCAGUAAGUGGCUAUAACAUGCGUAAUUGUGAGAUUAUCGAAAUGGUAUAUGUAAAUACAUUAUAUAGCUGCCAUGAAUAUGAAUAUGGAAUUUGAAUUCAUAUUUGUUUUAGCUUCGGCUAGUCGAACAGAGGUUCCCAAAGAGUUUGUAAGAUUUUUAAUGUUAAGUUCUGUCCAAGUCAGAGAUGACAUUGUAUAUACGGUCGAAUAAAAUAUAAUUGUUUAUUUACGCA